CUUAUCAAGAAAUUUCAUGACAGGAAGUUGUGAAUGUGAAAUAAAUAACAAAUAUAAUAAAAUAGGGCAUUGACGAAUUAAUAAAAUGAAUAAUAACAUUGGUUUUAAUAAUAAAGCUUGGGGUAGAUCUAAUAAUUCUCCAAAUAUAAUUAAUCAAAACUCGAUGCAGCCCCAACUGAUGAACCAAAGCGGUCUAGGAAACAUGGGUACGGGAAUGGUGCAAUUUCCUGGAAACCAACAACAAGCGGUAUUUCAAAAUAUGGGUUUGCAACAACAAAACCUGGGCAUAGGCCUGCAACAAAUGGCGAGCAAUGCAAUGAAUGCGGCGGCAACGCUCAGCUCGCAAAUUGCCAAUAACCCAAUUUUCCAACAAGUGACCUAUCCAAAUACUAGGGGUUUGAAUCCGACCGCAUUUCAGACAAAACAGAAAGUAUUAACUGGAAAAGUGACUCAAAUGCAUGAUAAUUUCGGUUUGGUUGAUGAAGAAGUCAUGUUUCAACUGAACGUCUGUGUUAAAGGUUCGCAUCCUAUUGUAGGUGAUAGAGUGCUAGUGGAAGCUCAAUAUACUCCGAAUAUGCCUUUCAAAUGGAACGCUACACGUAUCCAGGUUCUUUCGGGCAACCAAACUGGGCAUACUGGGGGACAAUCAAAGAGGUAUGGUAACAGUUACAGCGCUGUGCCCCCACCUUCCGAUAGGGGUAGGAAAGGUGGCAGAAGGGAUAGAUCCAGAGAUAGAGACAGAGAUGAUGAUGAAAUUGAUAGGAAAAGGAGAAGGGAAGAAAGGAUGAGAGAACGUGAGAAAGAAGAAAAAAAAUCACCUAUUAGCAAACGGAAUAAAUCUAGGUCCAGGUCACCUAAGAGUAAUAGGAGGCGAGCUAGGGUGAUUCCUAGAUAUAUGGUGCAAGUUCCCAAAAUCGAUUUGGAUUUGGAAAAAGGUGACGUCUUAGAACUAAAACGUAGAUACAAAAACAUGUACAUUCCAUCCGACUUUUUCUACACUUUCAUAAAAUGGGUGGAAUCCUUCCCAGCCAGUAAACCCUUUUCCAUCGGCAAGCCGUGUUCGUUCCACGUAAUGAACAAAGACAUCGAUUCCGUUGUCGAAAACGUCGUUAUAGAGCCAACCGAUUCGGACUACCUCUUCUCUGCUAAAGUCAUGCUGAUGAGCACUCCCGGCUUGGAGGAAAUGUACCAGAAAUGCUGUUCUUUAGCCGAAGACAACCAUUCUGAUGACAGGGACUUCAUUCAUCCUACGAGAUUGAUUAAUUUCUUGGUUGGGUUGAGAGGAAAGAAUGAAACCAUGGCUAUAGGUGGCGCUUGGAGUCCUACCUUGGAUGGCGAAAAUCCGGACAAGGAUCCCGCCGUGUUGAUUAGGACGGCGAUCAGGACUUGCAAGAAUCUUACCGGGAUCGAUUUGUCUAACUGUACACAAUGGUACCGUUUCUUGGAACUGUAUUACCGUCGCAGUGAGUCGACGCACAAGGGCAAGAUCAUCCCUGCUCGAGUGGAGACCGUCGUGCUGUUUCUACCUGACGUGUGGAGUUGCUUGCCGACGAGGUUGGAGUGGGACGGACAACAUGCCGCCUACAGGAAGCAGUUGGAGAGGAUUUUGAAUCAAUGUGAAGCUGUCGAAACUGGAGACGAUGCCGCUGCCGCUUCUUCGCCGGCUGAUGAAAAGGAAGAAGAACCGAUCGCCGUAAAAAUAGAUCCGACGCAUUAUUCGCAAUUGGAUCCCAAGAACAUGGUGGUUAACGAUUUGAGAAACGAGUUGAAGGCUAGGAAUGUCAGUGAUAGGGGAUUGAAAUCGCAGUUGGUGGCUAGGUUACAAAAGGCUUUAAAGGCGGAGGCCGAGGCUGAUAAGAGCGACGAUAAGGAGAAGCCGACAAAGGAUGCGGAUACCAGCGAUAUGGACACUUCCACGCAAGAAGUUAAGAAGGAGCCUGAAGAAAAGAAGUUGGAUGAAAAGGAAAAAGCUUUACUGGAAAAACGCCAUACCCUACCAGAAACCCCCCACAUAAUAGUCCACCCGUCCAAAACGGCGAAAUCCGGCAAAUUCGACUGCACCACGAUGUCCUUAUCGCUGCUUCUCGACUACAGACCCGAAGACUCCAAAGAACACUCGUUCGAGGUGUCCCUGUUCGCGGAACUGUUCAACGAAAUGUUGAGUCGAGAUUUCGGCUUUAACAUUUUCAAAGCGCUACACCACCUGCCAGAGAAAAAGGAGGAAAAGAAGGAGAAGAAAGAUAAGGAGGACGAUAAGAAAGACGCGAAGAAGGACGAGAGCGAUAAAACCGAAGAAAAGGACGCCGAGGCUAAGGAAAAGAUGGAAACUGACGAGAACGGCGAAGCCGUUGCCGCUACAGCCGAUAAAAAAGAAGAGACUGGCGAGGAGAAGAAAGACGAAGAGAAGAAGUCUGAUAAAGAAAAGAAAAACGGAAAAGACGAUAGCAAGAAAGAAAGCGGCGACGAAAGUGAAGAGAGCGAGAAAAAGAGGAAGGAACGUGAACGCAAAAAGAAGGAAAAGGUCAAAUUGUACACCAAAGAUCGCCAUCUACUGCUUUCCUUCGUAUAUUUCGAUCAGACCCAGUGCGGUUACAUCUUCGACAAGGACAUGGAGGAUCUGUUGUACACUUUGGGACUGAAAAUGUCUAGGGCUCAAGUGAAGAAGCUUAUCAGUAAAGUUAUCGUGAGGGACUCCUUGCAUUAUAGAAAAUUAACCGAUAAGCCCAAAGAAGAAGAACCGGAUACAACAGAAGAGCCCAUCCAAGAGAUCAAUUUGGAUGAAAUUUCUCAAGGAAAUAGGAAAUUGUUGCCGGUAUUUGGCAGUUCCGAUACGCCCACCAAAUCCAGCAGAAAUCAAAGGAGUUCCGAAGCGCCUACUACCGACGGUUUCGUCAAAUUCAGAGGAUCCAUUGUCGACGUGGGUAAGCUGAUGUCCCAAUUGGAUCGCAGCGAGAAAACCAGACUGGAAACGGAAGCUCGCAUGGUGGAUUUGAAGACUGAGAAUCAAAAACUGUCUGAGAAGUAUCAGAAAUCCAGUUCGACGAUAAAACAUUUGAAUUCCGAUUUGAGAGAGUACAAGGACAAGCUGAGGAGUUCUGAAGACGUUCUCGGCAAAAUAAGUGCUCACUCUAAAUUGUUCCAACAAACGCUGAUCGACAUCAAGGACAAGAUCGAGCCUGUGUUGAAGAGUACCUCGUACAAGGACGAGGUGAAGAAGGAGCGAGAGGAAAAGGAUAGGGAUAAGAAGCAGGACGACGGCAAGUCUAGAUGGGAAAAGGACAAGGAGCACACACACGUAAAGAAAGAGGAAAGUAGCAUCGAUGCGGUUGUCGUGAAGAAGGAAGAUUGAGAUGUUUGUGGUGUUGUGUUCCUCGUUUUUUUUUUGUUUUAUAUAUUGAUAAUGUUAGGUUUAGAAUUUAUUCUAAGUUUGUGGGUUAAGAAAAAAUACAUAUAGCCUGUGAAAAAA